AUGUCACAGCUGCUCGAGAAAUUGGCGGCUUCAGAGCCGGGCGGCUUCGCGACAUAUGGUCCGAUUGUGGUCGCGAAGAACUCUCAGAUUUCGGUUAGCGAUUCCUUUGCCAGAAACGGAUGCUGUGGAGGCUUCAGCGUUAGACAGGAACUUGCCGGUGCAUUGGCUGCUGUGCAGGUGACUGGCGGCUCGACCAUCAGCAUUUCCAACACUGCGGCGCGGCUGGAGGGUGGAGGUUUCGCGGCAUGGCGCGGCGAUGUUGUGGUCAGUGACGGCUCAAAGCUCAGAAUUCGCAACACUGCCUCUUCUUCCUCGCAUUCGGGUGGCUUCUCUGCGCCUGAGGGAGUCUUGCUCUCCAACAACUCGUUCAUCACGAUUCGAAAUAGCACCUCUAGAAAGCACAGCGGAGGCUUCUGGACCAAGCGUUUGGAAGUAACCUCCCGAUCGGCGGUGCACAUCGACAGGACCCAGACGGGUUGGAGCGGGGGAGGUUUCAGCGCUGACGAUCUCGCACUGGUCGCCGGGCACUCCAAGAUUACAGUAUCCGACAGCCAGGCCAUCGAGGGCAGUGGCGGAGGCUUCCAGACAGCAAAACUCUACCUAGAGGGCAACUCAUCCAUCGACCUGCGGACCACCUCGGCGGGAAUUAUGGGAGGAGGUGUGUAUGCGGCAAACUUUAGUGCCGGCUCGCACGCUCUGGUGGUUGCCAAUGGCUCGACUCUGGGUGUUCGGAAUGCCACCUCGCGCCUAUAUGGAGGAGGGCUUUGCAUUAUUGGACGUGCAGUGAUUACUGGUUGGUCCAAGGUUCACACUUCCGACUGCCACACAACGCUCGUUGCUGGUGGCGGAGUCGUCACGACUGACAGAUUGCUGCUCAACGAGAGCUCCGAUGUCCAUAUUCAGAAUGCCACGGCAGGUCGCAGCGGAGGCGGCCUUCACGCAGAAGGGACCAUUACCAUUGCAGGUUCUUCCACACUGGCUAUCUCCAACACUUCCUGUGAGGAGGAUGGAGGCGGUUUCCAUAUUAGCUCCACAGGCGAUUCCCCGCCUGGUUUGGCCUUGCAUGACGGGAUGUUGGUCGUCAACGACUCCAGGUCAAAGGGAAAGGGUGCUGCAGGGUUUGUGCAGGACCGUGUUUUCCUGGGCGCUGCGUCCGGCCUCUAUGUGCAUAAGGCAGUCGGCAGUGAUCUUUCCAGUGUGGUGGCUGCAAGGUCUCUACAACUCAGCCCGGGUGCGACGGUGCUUUUGGAAGAUGUCGUCGGAGGCCUCGGCCUUGACUUGCGAAACAGCGAUUGCCCAAGCGCCCUCGCAAACCGCACUGUCGAGAUAGCAGCCGGAGCAUCCUUGAAAGCUAGCGGGCGUUUGGGCUCGGGCUUCCUUUCCUUGGAGACAUGCCCGUUUGAAGUCGUUCAUCUUUCUGACAUACACCUUCAGUCGUGGUCCAGCCCCCUAUUGAGCACACGGGCGCACAAGGUUGUGGUCAGAGAUGUCAGCAUUGACUACGAGCCGCCGUUGCACGAUGUCCUUGUCUUGGCCACAAUAGACAGCUUCAAAGCCGAUUCAUUGGAUGUUUCAUGCAAGGACUGCACCCACGGAGUUGCCUUCAAUGCAGCCGGGAGCGAGCUGCGUGCCCUGAGCACUCCAUUGCUUAUUUGCCCGUUGGCAGCAUCGGUGUCCGGAGGCAUGCUUCAACGGUGCACCUGUGCCAACUACCAGACCACCAGGCAGGCUUACGCUGACCGUCAAGCUGUAAUGCUGCAAGACAUGAUGAAUACCUGCACAUUCUGCGAACCCCACACUCAGUUCAUCAAUGGAACAUGCCAGAAGUGCCCACCAUACAAUGCUUGGUCGGAUGGCAAGUCUGACGUGUGUCAUGUGCUGCCACAGGAUUCCGCACAAGUCGGUGCUCUGUUUGCAGCUUCUGCCAGCAGUGUCUUCCUUGCCUUCGUGUUUUACCAGAUCCUGCACGCUCCUUUGGUUAUCGUAGAUGCAAAAUCACAGCGGAUCCCUCAUAGGCUACGGAAAGCUGCAGGCAAGGCAUUCCCAGAGGGGAUGGAUCAGAGGUCGUUUUCCAUGUCCUUGCAAGGCCCCAUUGUCGAUCUCCCACAAUUCCUCUCACGGCAGCUCUAUCGGCAGCUUUGCUAUCGCGUUAAAGGCACGGGCCUCCAAUGGUUGGACUUCAGCCCCGAGAAUGCCCAGGCAGUGAGGAUCCAGAGUAUCGACCGCAGCAAACUUGAAGUACAGGAUGCGCAUGUCCCAUAUGAUUGUGCAGCCGCAGUUGGUGCGUUGCAUGCUACGAACCUCAUGCACCUGAUGCUGCCACUUUGCGCAGCUUUGUUCCUGGUGGUGUUGCUGCCGGUCGCUCUUCAAGUUUCAAUCAUGUCGGGCAAUGGCAUUGCACAUGUACUUGUCACUUCUGCAUACUGUGCACUCCCAGUGGGUUUGGCAGCUCUGAUUCUUCAUCCGGUUGUUGCAUGGCUCAUUGAGCGACACUGCCGCAGAACGCCAUUUUCUAAACUCUUGGAUGACUACCGGUGGCGCAUCCAGUGCGACCCCCACCCUGGCCCGGACGCGGUGCAUCCAAGCAACCAAGGUUUCAUGGUCCUGACCCUGUGGGAGCUUUGGGGACAUUUCGAGAGCUUCAUCCUGGAUCGCAACAUGCAUUUUGUGGUCAACAACAUAGUCAGGGCACGGUGCAAUUUCGAGACCGCAACAGAGAAUCGACCCCCCGGCGUCGACGAGAUUCCAGAUCUCCGCGGAGACAUCGCCACCAUCACCGUGACCAUCAUCGCCGGAGAACUACACGCUCCCGCCGUGGUUCCUCCCCUCCUGGUCGUGGACAUGCACGUCAUCGCCGCCAUUCACAACAUCGCCGAGCCAGUGCAGCGCGCACCUUCCCCCAGUCCUCCCCGUGCACCCAUUGUCCUGGUAUCGGGACAGGGCAUGCUCAGCGAUCACCCUUCAGAUGAAGUGGUCAGCCUCUUCGUCCACCGCCUCCACCACCGCCUCUACCACGAGUCAGGUUCAUUUCCAGCCUACCGCUUUUACGGACAGUGUGCACUCGGAGACCUGGUUCAUGCCAAGAUCUCUUGGAGUGACACCACCGAGGAGGACUGGAUAGCCGAUCCAGACUUUCUGGACAACCGUCGCAGUGUUGGCAAUCUCACAUUGCCCAGGCACGUGGCCUCGACCAAAUGGGCCAAGGAACGAGGCAUUGCAGGGCUCGAAGUCAAGCUAUUGCAUCCUUUCAUGUUCUUGUUUCAGAACUGGAACAGCUACUGGCUUCGAUGGACAGCCCACGGCAAGGAAGCAUACUUCCUUGUCGCUCGCACAAAACCCGAAAUGGUGCUCGUUGGCGAGAUACUCACACAGCUCCGUGCUCAGAAUGUAGACAUUGAUGCUGCCGCCACCAACCUUGCCGUGCAGCAACAAGCCACACAAGCUAAGAACAUUGACAAAGAGUUAAGAGCAUGGGUCCAAACCCUUGCCAUCAACGAUCGCAAGAAGAGCGAGCUUGAGGAGUGGAUUGGUGAAGUCGAACAUUACAUUAACACUCUCGACGACGAGGAAAAGGAUUUCACCUCCUCGACCUUCAGCACGGUGGAAAAAGACAGCCUCAAUGGCUCUAUGGCCAAUAAUUUCUUUCCUGAACCUGGCGCCUCCUUUGAACAUCAGCUUGCCCAAGCUUGCAAAGACUGCCCUAGGAAGAAGGACUUUGCCUCGGGACGACGCAUCGUCUCUUUCGUUGAUGCUUUUCUCCGGCCCCUGCUCGAAGCCACAGCACGGCUUCUGCAUCGGUCGACUGCACUUGCCUUCCCCCAAUCCUUCGCUAAAGGAGAUGUUCAUGCACUCAUCGCCGAAGUGCAAACCGUUAUGCAAGAAUCCUCCGAUGAAGCCAUUCAUUGCCGAAACCAGGAUCUCAGCGGCUUCUUCACCAGCAUUUCCACUGCCCAGUUUCAACAUGCUUGGACCGUCACCCGAGAAUUCUAUAGACAGCGACACGGUGUGGAGCUCGACACUGUGUACACCGUGAAUGUCAAAGAACAACAGCAAGUUCAGCGAGUGUUUCGUGGAAGAAGAAGGCAAAAGGCUACCAGGGAGGUUCGCAUUCAUUCUGCCGACAUCCCCACCAUCAUCUUUCAUUCUUUGCAACUGCAAUUUUUCACUGUUGCAGAGAGAGGAUUUGUACAGACACAUGGAUCCCCGAUGGGAUCCCCUCUCUCCCCCGCUCUUUGCAACAUGGUAAUCUCGGCGCAUGAAGAGGUAUGGCGACGCACCUUUUCGCAAUCCUUUUCAGCCAUGAACAAGAGUUUGCUGUGCUUACGGUAUGUGGACAACCGUCUUUGGAUUUCGGAGAACAGAGUCGCAUCCCUGCCCGGAGUCCGCCUGUUCCUAAGCAAUCACUUCUACGGAGGUGACAUUUUGCUUGAGGAUGAACCUGCCUACGACUUUGUCGGCUUCUCCUUGGACAUACCAGCUCGCACCAUCAGAUACAAUCGCUCAAGGGACUGGCUUUGUUUUGUAACAUCCCUUGACAUGUCGCGACAAGAAGCAGAUCGUCCCUCCGAUGCGGACACGAACGAUGACCAGAACGAGCAUCGGCGUGGUUUGGCCGACGCACUACUUCGUGUCCUUGGAGACCCUGUAUGUGCUGUAGAGCCUACGACACCUCUUGCCAUGAGCAACAUAACUUCUACUUCUAUCGUGUGUUUCACGUCGACUACCUCGAGCUGCAGCAGUUUGGUGCACCUUGUCCUCCCACGCUGCAAGAAGCACGAGUUGGACAACUCCCAAUUGACCAACUUGGACGAGAUCUUAGUGAUCAACUUCGUCUACACUGCCGAAACAUUGUGCAUCGCGCUGACAUCUUUCAAUACUUUGCACAUCGACCACUUGUACGACCCGGGCAAGUUCUUGUGCGGUUGGAGUACCUCUCCCCUGCUUUGCCACAUCUUACAGUCUUCGCAAGUGUAUGCC